AUGUUAAAGAAAAACUAUACAAUGGUGACUGAGUUUAUUCUCCUGGGACUGACAGACCGAGCUGAGUUGCAACCUGUCCUCUUUGUGGUGUUCUUAGUCAUCUAUCUUGUCACAGUCAGUGGCAAUGUGAGCAUGAUUUUGUUAAUCAGAAGUGACUCGAAACUUCACACUCCAAUGUACUUCUUCCUGAGUCACCUCUCCUUUGUCGAUCUGUGUUAUGCCACCAACAUCACUCCUCAGAUGCUGGUUAAUUUCUUAUCCAAGAGAAAGACGAUUUCCUUCAUUGGUUGUGCUAUACAAUUUCACUUUUUCAUUGCCCUGGUGAUCACAGAAUAUUAUAUGCUCACAGCAAUGGCUUAUGACCGCUACAUGGCCAUCUGCAAGCCUUUGCUAUAUGGUAGCAAAAUGUCCAGAUGUGUCUGCCUCUCUUUUGUUGUUGCUGCUUAUAUUUAUGGCUUUGUGAAUGGUCUGGCACAAACCAUCCUGAUGCUCCGUCUGUCCUUCUGUGGACCCAAUGAGAUUAACCACUUUUACUGUGCAGACCCACCUCUCAUGGUCCUCGCCUGCUCAGACACCUAUGUCAAAGAGACCGCCAUGUUUGUGGUGGCUGGUUCCAACCUCACCUGCUCUCUCACCAUCAUCCUCAUCUCCUACAUCUUCAUCUUCACAGCCAUCUUGUGCAUCCGCUCUGCUGAGGGCAGGAGCAAGGCCUUCUCCACUUGUGGCUCCCAUCUGACAGCUGUCACCAUCUUUUAUGGGACACUGUUCUGCAUGCACUUGAGGCCCCCUUCUGAGGCAUCUGUUCAACAGGGAAAAAUUAUAGCUGUUUUUUAUAUCUUUGUGAGUCCUAUGUUAAACCCAUUGAUCUACAGUCUAAGAAACAAAGAUGUUAAAAGAGCAAUAAGCAAACUUAUCCAAAAGAAACUGUUUAUUAAAUGA